AAACAGAAAGAAGGUCAAGGCUGUGUGUCACUAGGCGGAGGCUCUGAAAUUUGAACUUUAUUCGAGAGAGACGGUUUGGAGUGAGGAGGAGUUGGGGCCACAUUAGGGAUGGGCUGGCCAAGGGCUUACUACAGUCCUGGGGCCUCCGAGCCGCCCGAGAAGGAAGAAAGUUUCAUGGAGUCCAGAGGUUUACAGUGUAAAUGUAAAUAUCUCCAGCCAUGAGGAAUGGGCAGUAUGGGCCAGGGUGGAGGCCAGGAAGGUGGGCAUGUUGCUGGGCUGCCCUAGAUUUUGAUUGGCCAUGAGGGGUCUAAUUUUCUGCCCUGCUGGUCUACGGAGCCCAAGAAUCGGGCGGCUUCCCAAGCCCGACCCUCAACUGACAGUGACCUGCAGGUGGAAGGGGAGGAAAGAUUCCUCGAGCAGCUAAAAGACAUUUGACCUGCACGUGCGCACAACCAGCCCUUAACUCCCUUCAGUUAUUCAGCUCAGGCCAGAAUUUGACCCCAACGCCCAGACCCACUAGUCUAGGGCGUCAAGGCCAACGGUUGGGGUGCAUACCUGAGGGGGCGUGGCCGCUGCCUGGGGGCCGGGCUUCAAGGAGUUAAGCAGAGGCCUGGCUCAGCCCCGCCCCCAGCAGGCCGCGGCGCCUGAGCCCCAGCGGUGAAGCCGAGCAGCCCGCCGCCUCCGGCCCGACCGCCUCCGCCUGCGGGGAGCCCGACUGCCCGCCGGCGCCCGGGAGCGCCGCCGCCACCACCCGGCCCAGGCCCAGGCCCUGCGCGGAGCGGAGCGGAGCGACGUCCACCCGGGCCCAGUCAGCCGGCGCGGCGGGGGCGGGCCCAGGAUCUUCGGCGGAUCUUCCAUUCUCCUAGGCGGGAGCGGGAGUCCGGGCGCCCCGGAUUAGGCUGGGCCCGCGCCCAUGGCAAGCGCGGCUUGCCCGGGCCCCGGGGACCCUGCCAUGUGAGGCAGGCCCGGGCUGGGGGCCCGGUCAUGGCCGGGGAACGUCCCCCACUACGGGGCCCUGGGCCGGGGCCCGGAGAGGCGCCGGGGGAGGGGCCCCCAGGGCCGGGGGGCGCGGGUGGAGGCCGGGGCCGCCCCUCCUCCUACCGGGCUCUCCGCAGCGCCGUGUCCAGCCUGGCGCGCGUGGACGAUUUCCACUGCGCCGAGAAGAUCGGGGCCGGUUUCUUCUCUGAGGUCUACAAGGUUCGGCACCGACAGUCAGGGCAAGUCAUGGUGCUGAAAAUGAACAGGCUCCCCAGUAACAGGGGAAACACACUACGGGAGGUGCAGCUGAUGAACCGGCUCCGGCACCCCAACAUCUUAAGGUUCAUGGGGGUCUGUGUGCACCAGGGGCAGCUGCACGCUCUUACAGAGUAUAUGAAUGGGGGGACCUUGGAACAGCUGCUCAGCUCCCCUGAACCCCUAUCCUGGCCUGUCAGGCUCCGCCUGGCUCUGGACAUCGCCCAUGGCCUGCGGUACCUGCAUGCCAAAGGUGUAUUCCACCGAGACCUCACAUCCAAGAACUGUCUGAUCCGUCGGGAAGACCGAAGCUUCACAGCUGUUGUGGGUGACUUCGGACUGGCUGAAAAGAUUCCUGUGUAUAGGGAAGGGGAAAGGAAGGAGCCAUUGGCUGUGGUGGGUUCCCCAUAUUGGAUGGCUCCAGAGGUGUUGCGGGGUGAGCUAUAUGACGAGAAGGCCGAUGUCUUUGCCUUCGGGAUUAUCCUCUGCGAGCUCAUCGCACGAGUACCUGCGGACCCUGACUACCUGCCCCGUACUGAGGACUUUGGCCUGGAUGUGCCCGCUUUCCGGACCCUGGUGGGGGAUGACUGCCCACUGCCCUUCCUGCUGCUGGCCAUCCAUUGCUGCAGUAUGGAACCUAGCGCUCGUGCUCCCUUCACCGAAAUCACCCAGCACCUGGAGUGGAUCCUAGAGCAACUGUCUGAGCCAGCCCCCCUCACCAGGGCUCCCCUGACACAUAAUCAGGGGUCUGUUCCAAGAGGAGGUCCCUCUGCCACGCUUCCCAGGCCAGACCCCCGGCUCUCCCGAAGCAGGUCAGACCUCUUCCUGCCUCCAUCGCCAGAAUCACCCCCCAACUGGGGGGACAAUCUGACUCGAGUCAACCCCUUCUCACUACGUGAAGACCUCAGGGGUGGCAAGAUCAAGCUCCUGGACACACCUAGCAAGACAGUCGCUCCCCUGCCCCUUGUACCGCCAUCACCACUGCUCUCUACCCAGCUGCCCUUGGUGACCACUCCUGAGACCCUACUCCAGUCUGGGACACCUGCCCGUCGCUGCCGCUCAUUACCAUCAUCCCCUGAGCUCCCCCGACGCAUGGAGACAGUACUGCCGGGCCCUGGCCCUCCUGCGGUGGGCCCCUCCGCUGAAGAGAGAAUGGAGUGUGAGGGCAGUAGUCCCGAGCCAGAACCCCCAGGGCCAGCUCUCCAGCUGCCCCUGGCCGUGGCCACAGACAACUUCAUCAGCACUUGUUCGUCAGCCUCCCAGCCCUGGUCCCCUAGAUCAGGACCUCCCCUUAACAACAACCCCCCAGCUGUGGUGGUGAACUCCCCACAGGGCUGGGCCGGCGAGCCCUGGAACCGGGCGCAGCAUAGCCUGCCCCGAGCAGCAGCCCUGGAGCGGACAGAACCCUCGCCGCCCCCUUCAGCUCCUCGGGAGUCCGACGAGGGGCUCCCCUGCCCGGGCUGCUGCCUGGGCCCCUUCAGCUUCGGCUUCCUGUCCAUGUGCCCCCGCCCCACACCAGCUGUUGCCCGCUACCGCAACCUGAACUGUGAGGCGGGCAGUCUCCUCUGCCACCGAGGGCACCAUGCCAAGCCACCCACACCCAGCCUUCAGCUGCCUGGGGCACGCUCUUAGCAGUGGGGCCUCCAACUUUGGCCUUCAGGAUGCCCUGUGAGGACAGCACACGUGCUGGGCAGCGCCAGCCCCAGACGGGCUGACCGGCUCCUCCACAGAGGGGAACCUCAGCAUGGACGCAAGGGAUAGACAUUUCCUAUCCAGCCCCUGGGCUUGCCCUCCCGUGGGGGUCACCCAACAUUGCUGACACACAAGACUAACACGUGCAAAUUAUUUAAAAAUAUUUCAAUAAAACUGCCUGGCUG